AUGUAUAAAAUGGAAUAUUCUUACCUCAAUUCUUCUGCCUACGAGUCGUGUAUGGCUGGUAUGGACACUUCAAGCCUUGCUUCAGCUUAUGCUGACUUCAGUUCUUGCAGCCAGGCGAGUGGAUUCCAAUAUAAUCCUAUAAGGACCACAUUCGGGGCCAGCUCGGGAUGCCCAUCUCUAACUCCAGGAUCCUGCAGCCUUGGAACUCUUAGGGACCAUCAGAGCAGUCCAUAUGCAGCAGUACCAUACAAGUUGUUCACGGAUCACGGCGGCCUGAACGAAAAGCGGAAACAGAGACGGAUACGGACCACUUUCACCAGCGCUCAGUUGAAGGAACUAGAGCGUGUGUUUGCAGAGACCCACUACCCGGAUAUUUACACACGCGAAGAGCUGGCUCUGAAGAUAGACCUUACCGAGGCCAGAGUGCAGGUUUGGUUUCAGAACCGCCGGGCUAAAUUCCGCAAACAGGAGCGAGCGGCGGCGGCGGCGGCGGCAGCGGCCAAGAGCAGCGGCUCGGCCAAGAAAUCCGACCUGCGCUCCGAGGAGGACAACAAGGACUCGAAACCGGCCGACCCGGACAGCACGGCUCCGGGCAGCUGUGUGCCAACCCCGGGCACCGGCGGCGGGGUGUCUGGCAGCGGGGCAGGGGGAGGAGGUGGAGGUGCUGGAGGAGGUGGAGGGGGAGGUGGUGGAGGGGCUCUGGGGGCCGGUGACUCCGCCAAAGCGGCUACCGCGGCGGCUGCAGCGGCGGCGGCGGCGGCGGCGGCAGCGGCGGCUGCGGGAGUAGCGGGUACCGGCUGGGCAACAGGCCCGGGCGGAGUGAGCGCAGUGCCCGACUCAAUAGGAGGGCCUUUCGCCAGCGUGCUGUCCUCACUGCAGAGACCCAACGGAACUAAAGCCACUUUAGUAAAAAGCAGCAUGUUCUGAACCCUUUACCCCCUUGUCCUUCCAACACUGGGAUUUCAAAAAAAUGUUUAAGGGAAAAAAAAAGACAAAAAAAAACAUUUUGUGUGUCUUUCUACAGCGGUGUUCUGUGACUAAACUGUAAGUGUUCUUCUCAGUAUAAAUCGUCUUCUCUCGUUGACCUUAAAAUACCCUCCCUUCCCCAAUCCCUUCCCCUCCCACCCCACCCCACCACACACACACCUUGUAGUCUAUCUAGAGUGUGUUAAUGGAUAAUUCAAUACGAAACAGAUCAUCACGGGUUGAGUUAUUUUGUUUAGGUAAAAGCUGGUUCAUAUUAUAAUAAUAAUGGUAUAUAUUUUUGUUAAAUGCAUGUUACCGUCCUCUCCGCCCCCAACACCUCUCUCCCGUUCGAAAUUAUGGUGAGCAUAAUCCUCAUAAAUUAUGUUCAGGAGUUCAGAAUUAUUUAUAUGUGGUAUAAUGGAUGCUUAUAUUUAAAUAAGGGAAAUAU